GGGGGUUGUUCCGCGUGCACGAGCUCCGAGGGUACGCUACCAUAAACGCGCGCGCGCCGAAACGCAUCCCUCCGGUCUGACCGGGAGGUCUCGAGGGGAUGUCGAUGCUGUGAAAGAGGCGGUAGCGGCGGCGGCGGCGUCGGCGGCGGCGCGGUCGUGCAACAGGCAUCGCCACCGCCGCUUCAGUCCGUUACCCACCGUCAGCUGGCGAGCAUUUCGCGUGCGCGACGUGCAGACACAGUGUGCAUAACACGUUUCGUCGUGUUCUCGGUCAAGAGGUUUCGUUACGUUUUUUCGUUUUCGAUCGACCCGCAGUGCCGUUUGCGAUUUUAUUUCUAUCCGAUCUCGCUCCCACUGAUAUGUUUUCUCCUACGCCGUCGCCGAUUUCUCGCACCGUCGCGUAUAGAAAGAUAACAAAACCAUUAUUAGAACGAAAGCGUCGUGCUCGUAUUAAUCGAUGUUUGGAUGAGUUGAAAGAUUUGAUGUAUUCGGCUUUGGAGGCCGAAGGCGAAAAUGUCGAAAAACUUGAAAAAGCAGAUAUUUUGGAAUUUACUGUAAGGCAUUUGCAAAAGAUCACCAAAAGAGAUCCGGUUGAAGAAGCCUAUAAAUUUCAAGAAGGAUUCAGUCACUGCGCCAGCGAAGCUUGCAGUUUCCUGUUGUCAUUGCCGGGGCUGGACUCGGUGGUGGGCCGACGGCUUGUGGAGUACCUGGCCAAAUCGGUGUCGCGCGCGCUCGAGUCUCAGGUUACGGCCACCAACAAACCCCCCGCGGCGGCUGCUCAAAUGGCAGCAGUCUCGCCGGCCGCUGUGGCCGCAGCAUCGAUCAACGCUUGCAGCAACGGCAGUGGCGACGACAGCAACGGCGGAGAAGCAGCGGCCCGCGGCCACACGCCACCGUCCAACAACCCGCCCCCCACACCUCCGGAAGCCGCUGCCGCGUUGUCGUGUCCGACCACCGUGGUCAACGCCACCUUACCACCGCAAAAACCCGUCGCUCUGACCUCGUCCAACCGUAGUCCGCACACCGUGGUUCGGCCCAAACCCACGAGGCCCGCUUUCGGUCCGUCAUCGUCGUCACCGCACUCGCACGACGUCGCAGCCGCUGCCGUGGCCGCAGCGCAACGUGACCCAAUGUGGCGGCCGUGGUGAACAGUGGCCAAAGGUGGUGUUCAUUUUUUACUUAACCAAAAAAAAUAAAAAUAUACCUAUUUUAAAGGGGAAAUAAAUCAAUCUGUCGGCGAGAUGUGGAUCUUUAUAUCAUUAUUGUACGGUCGUAUAAUUUCGAUACUUCACUAAUUCACGUGAAUGAUUUUUUAUUUUUAUUUUUAUCGUGUUUUUAUAAGCGUUGUAGUACAGAGGCAUCAUCGCAUAACGCACAUAAUGGUAUUAUGUAUUGUAAUUUAGUUUUGUAACCGACACUACACGCAAAUCCCUUUCGGAAUGAAAUGUUUUACGCGUUGUAUAAUGCAACGUACGGGCACCGUAUAACAUUUUGUUUUUUUGUUUUUUUUUCACCGAGUUGUUAAAAUAUGAAUAUUUUUAUUAUAUUAGGCGUUUAUCAAUAUGAUGUAUUGUAGUACUUAUCGCUGUAUAAAGCUACGAUUUAUUAUUACGUUUUAAGAUUUUGUAAUUUGACAUUUUAUUAUUAUUAUUAUUAUUAUUA